UUUCGCAAUCUGAAUUCUUAUCGUUGUCGUCGUCGUCGUCGUCGUCUUCCUCCUCCUCCUCUGCUCCUUCUUCUUCUUCUUCGCUUUUCUUUCUCUUUGGUCGCUUCACUUUGAAGCUAAAUGGCUGCUUCAGCUAUCACCGGAGCUGGCCUCAGCCUUGGGCUAUCACGCUCUACGAUCCGUUCUCGAGCCCAUUCCGUCACAAUGGCCGUUUCCGUCGAUGAGAAAACCAAGAAGAACCUCUCCCUUCGCAAGUCCGAAGAAGCCUUCGCUGCUGCUAAGGAAUUAAUGCCCGGGGGUGUCAAUUCUCCUGUUCGGGCCUUUAAAUCUGUUGGUGGACAGCCAAUUGUGAUUGAUUCUGUCAAGGGAUCUCGUAUGUGGGACAUAGAUGGCAACGAGUACAUUGACUAUGUGGGUUCUUGGGGACCUGCAAUAAUCGGUCAUGCUGAUGAUGAGGUGCUUGCAGCUCUAGCUGAGACAAUGAAAAAGGGAACCAGCUUUGGCGCUCCUUGUCUUCUGGAAAAUAUUCUGGCAGAGAUGGUUAUUGAUGCAGUGCCAAGCAUUGAAAUGGUUCGAUUUGUUAACUCAGGCACCGAAGCAUGCAUGGGGGUCCUCCGCCUGGCCCGUGCUUAUACUGGCAGGGAGAAGAUCAUCAAGUUUGAGGGCUGUUACCAUGGUCAUGCCGAUCCUUUUCUUGUUAAGGCUGGUAGUGGAGUUGCCACCUUAGGACUUCCUGACUCCCCUGGUGUUCCAAGAGCAGCCACCUAUGAAACCCUUACAGCGCCAUUCAAUGACUUCUUAGCUGUUGAGAGCCUCUUUGAGUCAAACAAAGGAGAGAUAGCAGCAGUCAUCCUCGAACCUGUAGUUGGAAACUCUGGUUUUGUUCCUCCCAGACCUGACUUUCUUAAUUUCUUACGCAAAAUCACCAAGGAAAACGAUAGCCUCCUAGUUUUCGAUGAAGUUAUGACUGGAUUCCGUUUGUCUUAUGGUGGAGCUCAAGAAUAUUUUGGCAUCACUCCUGACUUAACCACUCUUGGAAAAAUCAUUGGUGGGGGUCUACCGGUAGGUGCAUAUGGAGGGAGGAAAGAUAUUAUGGAGAUGGUGGCACCGGCAGGACCUAUGUACCAGGCUGGAACCUUGAGUGGCAAUCCUUUGGCCAUGACUGCAGGCAUACAAACUCUGAAGCGCAUCAAGGAGCCGGGAACCUAUGAGUAUUUGGAUAAAAUAACAGGCGAGCUAACUCAAGGUAUCAUUGAAGCCGGGAAGAGAGCAGGUCAUGCGAUAUGUGGCGGCUAUAUAAGGGGCAUGUUUGGUUUCUUUUUCACUGAAGGGCCAGUCUACAAUUUUGCCGAUGCCAAAAAGAGUGACACGGCUAAGUUUGCUAGGUUCUAUUGGGGAAUGUUGGAAGAAGGUGUGUAUUUGGCACCAUCACAAUUUGAGGCCGGAUUCACCAGCUUGGCACAUACUUCUGAUGACAUAAAAAAGACUAUAGCAGCUGCUGAGAAGGUUUUCAGGCAGAUUUGAGUGUUGAAUUCUUCAACAUUGCGCUUAGAGUCUCUUGAAGGUCAGUUUUUCCCUCCUGAAGGCUUGUUUAGUGAGUUAAUGUAGAGUCUUGUAUGAUGGUUUUGAUUAAGCCUGUAAUAUUUUUUGCGUCAUUAGCUCGUCAGUAUAUUACUCUAAAUUGUAACUUUAUGCUUCUUCAGCACGUAGUUAAUAAGAGUUAGAAAUCUUCGUUUGACUCA